AUGACCCCCGCCGAAGUGUCAUGUUAUACCAUCGUCUACGAGGACAGCACCGAGUCCCCGUCCACGCAGGAACUGCGCUCGGCGUUGCAGAAGGGCUCAGAUGAGGUCAAACUGGACACGUUGCGCAAGAUCAUUGUCUCGACAAUCAAUGGGAACCCGCAACCGCAAUUGCUCAUGCCCAUCAUACAAUAUGUCAUGCCGUCACGGAACAAGCAGCUCAAGAAGUUGUUGCACUUCUACUGGGAGGUCUGCCCGAAGUAUGACGACAAUGGAAAGCUGAAGCAGGAGAUGAUUCUUGUUGUUAACGCGAUUCGGAAUGACCUGCAACAUCCCAACGAAUACAUCCGCGGCGCGACACUCCGAUUCCUGCAGAAGAUCUCCAAGGAUGUGGAGCUUCUCGAACCUCUCAUGCCAACCUGCCGCUCCUGCCUCGAGCACCGACACUCCUACGUCCGCAAGAACGCCGUAUUUGCCGUGUACACUAUCUAUCGCCAGUUCGAACACCUGGUACCCGAUGCGCCUGAGCUCAUCCAGACGUUCCUCGCUGCAGAGUCAGACGCGACAUGCAAGCGGAACGCGUUCGUGUUCCUGGCGAACUGUGCAAUGCCGAAGGCGGUGGAGUAUAUCAUGCAGGUGUUCGAUCAGAUCCCUGCUAUGGAUGAGUUGCUACAAAUGAGCAUCAUUGAGGUCAUCAGGCAGGAUUGCAAGAAGGAUACUGCGCAUAGGGCGCGGUACAUCAUUCUGAUUUCUGAGCUUCUCAAUGCAUCGUCACAUGCAGUCAAGUACGAAGCAGCGACGACCUUGACGUCUCUGACGCAGAACCCUGCUGCUGUUAAGGCGGCGGCGUCAUGUUAUAUCCAGCUCAUCACAAAAGAGUCGGAUAACAAUGCGAAACUCAUCGUUCUUGAUCGUCUUGAUAAUUUGCGCUCGAAACAUGGCCAUGUCUUGGAUGCGUUGGUCAUGGACAUCCUGCAGAUUCUGUCGAGUGCCGACCUCGAAGUCCGCCGCAAAGCCAUAGGCAUCGUCUUAAGCAUGACCACAAGCAGAAAUGUGGAGGAGGUCGUCUUGUUCCUCAAGAAACAACUGCAAAGGACACAAGAGCAGGAAUUCGAGAAGGCACCGGAGUACAGACAACUUCUCGUCCAAUCCAUUCACAUCUGUGCUGUGAAAUUCUCUGAAGUGGCUGCGAGUGUGGUCCACGCCUUGAUGGACUUCCUCGGUGACUCGAACAAUCCGUCAGCACUCGAUGUCGUUGCGUUUGUCAGGGAGGUUGUUGAGAAAUUCCCGCCGUUGCGCAAGACCAUCUGUGAGAAGCUGACACAGACUCUUAACGAGAUCAAGUCUGGCAAGGUGUAUCGCGGAGUGCUUUGGAUUCUCGGCGAAUACACCGAGGAUGUUGCAGAGAUCCAGGGCAUUUUCCGUGAGCUCCGCAAGGUGCUCGGCGAGAUUCCCAUUCUGGCGUCCGAGCAGCGACUGCUGGAGGAAGCCAGCGAGGAGGACAGCGAGGAAAAGAAGGAUGAAGUUGAACUGAAAUCGGAAGGCGGAAAGCCGAAGGUUUUGGCGGAUGGUACAUAUGCGACGGAGACGGCAUUUACGAGUAUGUCGAACGCGCGUCUGGAGGCUGUGAAGGCGGCAGCGAAGCCACCUCUGCGAACUCUGAUCCUGGGCGGCGACUUCUUUACCGGCUCUGUUCUGGCAUCUGCAUUGACGAAGCUUGUUCUGCGCUACGAUGAGGUUGGAAGCGAUCGCAAGAAAGCCAAUGCACUCAAGGCAGAGGCAAUGCUCAUCAUGGCAUCUGUCAUCCGCGUUGGACAGUCAAAGUUCGUCACCGUGCCGAUCGACGAGGAUUCGAGCGAGCGCAUCAUGAACUGCAUACAGACGCUGAGCGAGUUGAAGGAGAAGCCCGUUGUGCACCAAAUGUUUCUCGAGAACACCAGGACGGCUUUUUCGAAAAUGCUACAAGCUCAGGAAAAAAAGGCCGCUGAGAAGAAGGAACAGGAGAGCGCAAAGGAGAAGAUCGUUCAAGUCGAUGACCUUCUGACUUUCCGCCAGUUCUCGAAGAAAACCGCAGAUGACGUGAUUGACGACGUGGAAGAUGUGGGUCGUGCAACUGGAGCUGGCGAAAUUCAUGAAGACUUCAUCUCCAACCUGAGCCGGAUCUCGCAACUUACUGGCUUCUCAGACCCUAUAUAUGCCGAGGCGUAUGUCAAGGUACACGGCUUCGACAUCCUGCUAGAUGUACUGUUGGUCAACCAGACCGCAGAUACGCUUCAAAACCUGUGCCUGGAUUUUGCGACAUUGGGCGAUCUCAAGCUCGUGGAACGUCCGUCGACGUACACUAUCGCACCGCACAGUUUUCAGAGCAUCAAAGCGACCAUCAAGGUAUCGUCCACGGAGACUGGCGUCAUAUUCGGCAGUAUUCUCUGGGAAGGCCCCGGAAUGUCGGAGCAGUGCGUUAUUCUAAACGAUAUUCACAUCGACAUUAUGGACUAUAUCAAGCCGGCGUAUUGCACCGAGGCACAGUUCCGGAGCAUGUGGACAGAGUUCGAGUGGGAAAAUCGGGUGAACGUUACGACGUCAAUAUCCGAUCCCCGAGAAUACUUGCACCAUGUCAUGAAGGCGACGAACAUGUCGUGUUUGACGCCCGAGGGCGCCGUCUCGGGGGAUUGCGACUUCUUAUCGGCGAACAUGUUCGCCCGCAGUUUGUUCGGCGAGGAUGCUCUGGCGAACCUUAGCGUGGAGCGGACAGAGGCUGGGACUAUCACUGGGCACGUCCGGAUACGAAGCAAGACGCAGGGCAUCGCGCUGUCGCUGGGUGACAGGAUUACCAUGGCUCAAAAAGAGAAUAAGCCUCCUGCAUAG